CUUAACACUUCCCUUUCUACACACUUCCAGGCUGCAAUUAUCUAAACCAGUUCAACAACACAUUACUGAGUUAGAACUGAGUUCCUGUUGGGAAAAAGAAAAGGAGGACUCAAAGGCAAUGGCUUCAACUCCAAUGGCAGCAACUAGUUCUAGCACUCUCCUUAGGCCUACCCCAUUUCUUGGCCAGAAAGGGUCAAGUGCUAACCCUCUUAGAGAUGUUGUUUCUAUGGGAAAUGGAAAAUACAUUAUGGGAAACGAGUUAUGGUAUGGACCAGACAGAGUGAAGUACUUAGGACCAUUUUCAGCCCAGACUCCUUCAUACUUGACUGGAGAAUUUCCCGGUGAUUAUGGAUGGGACACUGCUGGUUUGUCAGCUGAUCCUGAGGCCUUUGCAAGGAACAGGGCUCUUGAGGUAAUCCAUGGAAGAUGGGCUAUGCUUGGAGCAUUGGGCUGCAUAACCCCAGAAGCCCUAGAGAAAUGGGUUAAAGUAGACUUCAAAGAACCAGUAUGGUUCAAAGCAGGAGCUCAAAUCUUUUCAGAAGGUGGCUUGGACUAUUUAGGCAACCCAAAUCUUAUUCAUGCACAAAGCAUCCUUGCAGUUCUUGGAUUCCAAGUAGUUCUUAUGGGACUUGUUGAAGGAUUUCGCAUCAAUGGUCUACCUGGAGUAGGAGAAGGCAAUGAUCUUUACCCUGGUGGCCAGUAUUUUGACCCAUUAGGUCUAGCAGAUGAUCCUGUCACAUUUGCAGAGCUUAAAGUGAAGGAAAUCAAGAAUGGGAGGCUAGCCAUGUUUUCUAUGUUUGGUUUCUUUGUUCAAGCUAUUGUAACUGGUAAAGGUCCCUUGGAGAAUCUAUUGGAUCACCUUGAUAACCCUGUUGCUAACAAUGCUUGGGUAUAUGCGACCAAGUUUGUCCCCGGAUCGUAAAAUUGAUGAUUUACAGCUUCUUGGAUUGGUUGUGGUAGUGUUGCCUUAGUAUGUAUGUACUUCUAGAUUUAUGAAGAAACGUUGAGAUGGUUGAGAUCAAUGUAAAUUGUCUUCUUUACCAUGUUAUACCAUGAUAAUGCAAUGUUAGCCUAUAUUUGAUAUUUCUAUCUUUUUA